AUGCUCGUCGUGAAGAAAAACAUUGCCGUAUCGCUUCAAGAUCUCACCACAGUCAUCAAGUGCUUUCCGAACCUCUCCUAUCUGCACCUCAGCGACAACAGCGUAGAAACUAUCAACGACGCGUUUUUCGAUUUCCUCGCUUCGACAUGCCCUAAUCUGGUGUCGCUGCACGUAGGAAGGGAGAUCACGUCGAAAUGGGACUAUUUUCGGCCGGAGGAGCAUCCGGUGACGGUAACCGGUUUGGACCGAUUCAUCCGCCGCUGCACUCAGCUGCAGCACCUCUCGCUCUACUGCUUGCACUAUUACGGCGCGCUGCCGGAUUCUCUCUCGCUGCUCACCAACCUUCACACCCUCGCUCUCACCGAAGGCUCGCUUCUCGAAGCUCCAGGAUUCACAAACCUGACUUGUCUCACCGCCCUAUCCAUCGGUAUUCCGGAUAUGGAAGAUGUGAAUCUCGAAAGCCUCGCGCAUCUCCCAGCCGUCUCCACCCUCGUUUUAUUCGACAACACAUGCCCUACUAUAGAAAUCGGAGAAGCAUUUAACCCCUUUUCAUUCACCCAGAUGCCGUCGCUUAAAGCCCUGGAGUUCGAGACGUGCUGCACAGCCAUACGCUCCUUGCCAUGCCAAUUUGGACAGCUGAGCCGGCUUAAGAAACUUAAGCUGGAUGGAUGCGAGGAGUUGGCUGCUCUGCCGGAGGAUUUUACCCAGCUCAAGAUGCUACACAGCUUGUCUGUUAAAGGGUGUGGCAAGAUUGUACCAAAAGCCAGUAACCACGUCCGCGAAUCUUCGCGAACCGUCGCGGGCGGCCUGUCCAGUAGGGCUGCGGACGUUCGGAGGACUGGCUCGCGGAAUGGCAGAGCCAGGGCGGCGAGGCUGGUUCGGUGUGUGUCCGAGCCUAAAGUGGAGGCUCGGUCUGCCGAGGAGGUGCUUGCAUCUCAGCCGUCGUUUCUUCGCCACAUCGCAGAUCAUGGCACGCCCCUGCCCUUCACCCGUCGAGUCAUUGAGACUGUUCAAGUCAACAUCGGGCUCUACUGCAACCAGGCGUGUCAGCACUGCCACGUGGACUCCUCCCCUCUCAGAACCGAGAUGAUGGAGCACAGAACAGCAGAGAGGGUGGUGCAGCUGGUGUCAUCCUGUCCAAGUGUGCGCUGUGUUGACCUCACAGGGGGGGCACCUGAGCUUAACCCUGAGUUCAGGUACCUGGUCACAGAGGCACGCAGAAUGGGCAAGGAGGUGAUCGACCGCUGCAACCUCACUGUGCUGUUUGAGCCGGGGCAAGAGGAUUUGGCAGAAUUCCUGGCAGCCAAUCAGGUGCAUGUGGUGGCGUCUCUCCCGUGCUACUCUGCUGAUAACGUCAACAAGCAGAGGGGAGGGGGAGUGUUCGACCUCAGCAUCAGGGCGCUUCAGCUUCUCAACGGCCUGGGGUACGGCAAGGAAGGCUCGGGUUUGGUGCUAGACCUGGUGUACAACCCGGUUGGGCCGUUCCUCCCCCCUGCUCAAGCCAAGCUGGAGGAAGCAUACAAGAGCGAGCUGAUGUCAUGCUAUGGCAUAUCGUUCAACAGCCUUUUCACCAUCACCAACAUGCCUGUCAAGAGAUUCGCUUCGUUUCUGCAUAGCCAGGGCCAACUCGAGGACUACAUGCAGCUGCUGAUCUCUGCCUUCAACCCAGCAGCAGUGGGCAAUGUGAUGUGCAGAAACCUGAUCAACAUUGACUGGCAAGGCGCACUCUUCGACUGUGACUUCAACCAGCAGCUCGCCCUUGGCCUUCCCCCUAAGCCAUCCGCUGCAACGAACUCUCCCCUCGCCUCUCCUCCACCUCCUCCGCCUCGCACAGUUUUCGACGUCCAAUCACUGGAUGAGCUUGUUGAUCGCCCCAUAGCCACAGCAGCGCACUGCUACGG